AUGAAGUCCUCACCCACAACUUCCACCCCGAGCGCCGCCUCGACGUCCUCUGCGUCGACAUCCGACCUCCAGCAGCACGCCCUCGGCCACGGCCUCCUGAACCAAUUCGGGCAAUUCAUCCCGAAACACGCCCUAUUCCAAGUCAAUGUCGAGAUAGACCAGCUGUCCAAUGUCCCCCUCAUUAAUGGACAAUUUGCGGUGCGCUGGAAGUUCAAGAACGUACAGACCUCCGGACUGCUCUCGAGGAUGCGCGGGAAUCAGUCCUGGUCGUCGAAAGGGAGGGAUAACAUGAAGGGCAAAGGGCGUGCGUCGGAGCUCGGACUCGCGAUCGAGGUGACCCCCGCGGAUGAGGACGAGGAGGAAGGAAAUGAGAGCAGUCCGCAGGAGGAGGGCACGGAGGACGAGAUGUACCACCGCGCAAGCGGGUCGUCUCUCGAUCUCCUCGCGCCGUAUACCCCUGACACAGCAAUGCCGCCCCUUACUCCGGUGACCGCGACACCUGCGGAUAUGCACAAGACGACAUCCGCAACAUCGGUUGCAUCCACCACGACAGCAGUAGCACGUGGGAUCACCCCCUUCCAGCCGCUGCAGAAUUACAACGCGAAGUGGGGCCACCAGGUGAACGUGGUCCUGCAGAUGGACGUUAAUCGGGAGACGGGCGAUUUGUUGCCGAACGAAGUGAAGUUCGUGGUGAUGCAGCGGGUCGUCCCCGGAGAUCCGGACGCCCCCAAACAGCCUCGCCUGGGUGCCGUCUACCUCAACCUUGCAGAAUACGCUGACGCAGGGCCUGUAACUCGUCGGUACCUACUCCGCGAGAGCAAGACCAAUGCAACGCUCAAGCUCACCAUCACGCUGGAGCACGUCGGAGGCACAAAGAACUACCGCCCUCCGCCCUUGGCCAAAGGGGAGAUCCUCGCAUCCGUCACGGGCCUGCUCGCAAACAACGACCUCAUGCGGACGAGCAUCGCGCGGCAACUCGACGACUUCACGCACGCGAACCACUCCGGGCCGCAGACGUUCAUGCAGGAGGACGGGCGUGCGGAUGGAGACGGGCUCGCGUCCGCGUCCGGGCUGCGCGCGACGGAGGACCUCAUCGAGACGCUCUUCAACCCGCUCCCGAGCGCGUCGCCUGCGCCCUCGCCCUUCACGUAUUUCGCCCCUGCCGCGGCGAGGCAGAACAGCGUCGGCAGCAUCGGCUCGGUCGACAGCCAGAGCGACGCGUACUCCGUGGCGCGGAGCUCGACGCGCAGCGGGAGCAGUGACGAGAUGCGCGUGGAGGUCAGCGUGGAGAAGCUGGGGGUGGGCAGCACGCCAGACUUGAAUGCGCUGGAGUCGCCCCGCGACGCGAAGGGCGCGUGGUGGAAGGUGCGCAGCCGCCCGAACACACCACUCGGGAAGCACUUCAAGCUGCCGUCGCCGCUGCCUCAACGACACGCGGAGUCGAUUCAUGCGUGA